AUGCGGUCCUCAGUCUUUCUCUACUUGGCGACCGCCGCCAUUCCCUUGUGCGCAGCCAACCCGCUGCCUCAAGAUGUCAGCACCAGUAGCAAAGUAUCGAAAAACACCCUCCAAGGGUGUCUCAACGCCGCCAAGGCACCAAUCAGCACCCAAUCUUCCGGGGAUUGGUCUACCCAGUCUUCACCGUACAACACCCGCAUCGCCUUCACCCCGGCCAUCAUCGUGGUCGCGACCGAUCCGAGCCACGUCCAGGCGGCCGUGAAAUGUGGAUCUCAGUACGGGUACAAGGUCACCGGCAGGGGCGGUGGCCACAGCUACUCGUCGUCCGGGUUCGGCGGCGAGAACGGCCACGUCGUGGUGCAGCUCGACAUGAUGUACGCCGUCACCCUUCAAUCCGAUAACACCGCCGUCGUCCAGGCUGGUGCCCGUCUCGGUCACGUCGCGACUGAACUGUUCAACCAAGGAGGACGCGCGAUCUCGCACGGCAGUUGCCCCGGCGUCGGAGUUUCCGGACACGCUCUGCACGGCGGAUACGGACUGGCUUCGCAUGGAUAUGGUUUGGCUCUUGAUUGGAUCAUCGAAGCGACCGUUGUUGUUGCCAGCGGCAAGAUCGUAAAGGCCUCGACCACGCAGAACGCCGAUCUCUUCUGGGCCCUGCGCGGAGCCGGGUCGUCCUUCGGCAUCGUGACCGAGUUCAAGUUCAACACCUUCCAGGCGCCCGAUGUCGUCACCACCUUCUCGGUCCCUGUCCCCUACAACAAGAACAACCAGCUCGUCAACAUCCUUGUCGCCUUCCAAAAGUACGCCGCCAACGACAUGCCCGCCGAGAUGAACAUGCAGGCCGCCGUGAACCUCGACGGCGUGCACAUCAACGGCCUCUACUUCGGCGACGAGGACCAGACCCGCGACGCACUGUCAGUCUUGCUCAAUCCUGUCAGCAUCGACAUUGACACCGCCGACAUCCAGCAGACGGACUGGAUUGGCCAGUUGGAGCACUACGGCGGCGACCCCCUUGACGUUACGGGUCCACAGAGUGCUACCGACACCUUCUAUGCAUCAAGCCUAAUCACCAAGGAGGUACCAAAGGACGGAUUCAAGGCCUUCGUCGACUACCUGUCUAGCAAGGCUAAGUCGGUCAACCGCGGCUGGUUCAUAUUGAUUGACGUCCACGGCGGCAAGAACUCCAAGACUGCUCAGAUCGAUGCGUCCUCGACAGCUUACCCUCAUCGGGAUAAGUUGCUCUUGUGGCAGUUCUACGACUCGUCUUCCGGCUCCGCAUACCCAACCAACACCGCUCAAGGCGUUGGCUUUAUGCAGAACUGGAUGGCCGCCGUCUCAAAUAAGCUUGCCGCCGGCAGCUGGGGCCGCUACGCCAAUUACGCCGAUUCCCAGCUCAGCAACGCCGACGCGCAGAACCAGUACUACGGAGCCAAUCUGCCUCGCUUGAAGUCUAUCAAGGCUCAGUACGACCCCAAAGGUCUGUUCACGUACCCACAGGGUGUGAGCUCAUAA